GGAGUGAGUUAUCUUAUCUUAGCACCGCGAGGGGUCGCCACAAGAUAACGCGGUCCAACAUAAACAGCUGAUAUGGCAUCUCUACACGUUAUCAUGUAUAUCAGCAUCAUUAUUAUAGUAGAUUUUAGACGAGGUACAUGUAUUAAGAAGACAAAACAAAGGCAAUGGCGAAAAAUUAUGGAUCGAUGACAAUCCCUCAGCUCAAAUUAGAAUUAGAUAAGUUUGGAGCAAAGAAAUCGGGACGGAAAAGAGAACUUGUUGAGAGACUUGAGGCAUAUGCGCGUAAUGCACAUUGCUCUAGAGCAGAACCAGCUGGUCAGGAUUACACCAUGGAUUUACCUGAUCCUGAUUCCUAUCAAGACCUAAAUAGCGAUAAAAGUUUUCCUGGAUCCCCAUUGAAUGAAAUAACCACUUACUUGUCCCAAUUCAACAAGAACAUUGAAUCCAAGGCGAAAAACUUGUAUAAUGACGGAUUUAUUAGAUACCUCAGGACAACUGAGUACAAUUCGCUCUGGUAUGUUAGAGGUGCCAUAAGAGCAGAAAUGUCCAAAUCUAUUGUGUACAUUAUAGAUAUUGAAAUCGGUCAAGAUGGAAAUGUAUUAAAAUGCCAAUGUGAGUGUGCAGCUGGUAUGGGACCAUUUGCACAUUGUAAACAUGUGUCAACAGCGUUAUAUGCUUGUGCAUGUUUUAAGCAGCACGGCAGUAUAAAGACAGAACAAACGUGCACCCAAAGAUUACAGACAUUCCACAGAGUGAAGCCACAUAAAGGUUCUCCGAUGAAAGUCGUGAAUUUAGAUAUGCCAGGAUGUGAUGAAGUCUGUAAUUUACCAGAGGGGUUCGAUCCAAGGCCAGAGGAAUUCCGAAACCAUCCAGGAUACAAGUCUUGGUUUCAAAAUGUAUGCUUGUCAUUUAAGGGCAUAAGUAAAACCCCAAUUUAUCAAACAUUUCCUCCAGCCAAUAUGACAGGAUUUGAUAUUGACCAUGAUUAUUUGCAGUAUCAAGGAAGUUUUGAAUGUCUCCAACAAUUGAAUGUUACGAAGAUUUCGGAAGAAGAAGCCAGGAUUCUGAACAUGAAAACAGCCGAUCAAGCUUUAAGUAAUUUGUGGCAUGAGGAAAGGUGCAAGCGCAUCCAUUCAUCAGUCUUUGGGAGAAUAUGCAAGAUGACAGAAAGAACGAACCCAGAAAAGUUGGCAGAAAGUCUAGUCACUAAGGCUCUACGGCUUCGUACAUCACCAAUCCUGCAUGGACAGAAAUUUGAAAAAGUGGCAGUAAAAAAAUUUGAAGAGAUUACUGGACAAACAGUACAUCCCACCGGUAUAUGUGUGAGCCUAGCACACCCUUACUUGGCGUCAUCUCCUGAUGGGAUCAUAGACGAGGACACCGUUGUUGAAGUUAAGUGUCCGUAUGUUGCUAGAAAUAGCAUGAUUACGAGACAGACAGUUCCAUACAUCCGUCAAAAUGGUACAACGUUUUCACUGGACACCAAUCAUGAUUACUAUUACCAAAUUCAAGGACAGUUAUUCUGUGCAGAAAAACAAAAAUGUGUGUUCAUUGUGUAUACUUUUCUUGAUAUUUUGUUUUUCACAGUUGACAGAAAUGACAAAUUCAUAUCAGAGAUGUUAAAGAAACUGGAUUCCUUUUAUGAGAAAUGUUUUAAACCUGCACUUUUGGAGAAACGUUUUUUCAAGUCAUAUCAGGAUUGUCAUUGUCAAAAAUAAAUUUGUUCUAACUUUGA